UCUGCCGUUUCCCGUAUCAAUUCAACCUCGUCUCGUCGCGCAAAACCGUCGGGCACGCAAGGUCUCAUCCUCCUGUCUUGUAUCUGAAUCGUCUCGCGUCUCACGCCUGAACUUGCGAUACGCAAUCAAUCGCUUUGCCUCGGCGCAUUCCAGAUCCGAGUUUCGGACGUUGUUGAAUCGCCAAACCACCAAAGGCUAGGCUUCUCAACACAAGCUUUGUCUUUGUUCAUAUUCAGGUCGUACGCCCGCCACAAGCGCUUUUGCCAUUGCUUUUGCCAUCGGCCAUUGCCUCCGUUUUACACCAUCUUCCCCACCAGUGGCCCGGCCCUCGCGUGCACAAACCAUCCGACAAACCAUCCGGGGAGCUUCGAAUUCGAAGAGACCCAACACAUAUAACUUAGCAUCGCUCAACAACUUUGAGCGUGCGCUUGCGCGGAGUUAUCUGUCAUUGAAGAAGCAGACAGGGCCCUCAAUUAGCGAGGUCCCGACCCGGUGUGCCUGAGACAUAAGAUUCCGAUUAUAGCACUUAUAAGGCGACCCUUCCGCAAUCGUAACAAUGAAUUCCAUCAAGCAAGCAGUCGAGUCCGCUCGAUCAAAGACCUCAGAGGUCAUGAAUACCGCCAAGAGAAGUGAGACGGCCGCCAAGGCCUCCGACAUUAUUCACACUCCAUUCAUGAAAGCUGCUCUUCCUUUCAUCAAUGGAGGCAUCAGCGGAAUGGUGGCCACCUCUGUCAUCCAACCCGUCGACAUGGUCAAGGUUCGAAUCCAGCUUGCUGGCGAGGGUACAUCUGGAGGACCCAAGCCUACUCCGUUGUCUGUCACUCGACAGAUCAUCUCUAGUGGAAAGGUCCUUGACUUGUAUACUGGCCUGUCUGCUGGUCUCCUCCGACAAGCUGUAUACACAACCGCUCGGUUGGGGUUCUUUGACACCUUCAUGGGAAAACUAACGGAGCGAGCAAAAGCCCAAAAUAAACAAAUUGGUUUCUCAGAGCGAGCAACGGCUGGUUUGGCGGCCGGUGGUCUGGCAGCCAUGAUUGGCAACCCAGCUGAUCUGGCACUAAUCCGAAUGCAGAGUGACGGCCUGAAACCUCUCGCCGAGCGCAAGAACUACAAGUCGGUUGUUGAUGCACUAGGAUCCAUCGCCAAAGGUGAAGGCAUCGCAGCUCUCUGGGCGGGCGCCGCACCAACCGUUGUUCGUGCCAUGGCCCUCAACUUCGGUCAGCUGGCGUUCUUCAGCGAAGCCAAGGCACAGAUGAAGCAGAACACCAAUUUGUCUGCGCAAGCCCAGACCCUGAGUGCCAGUGCCAUUGCAGGCUUCUUUGCCAGUUUCUUUAGUCUCCCAUUCGACUUUGUCAAGACAAGACUGCAGAAGCAACAAAAGGGACCUGACGGCAAGGUUCCCUACAAGGGAAUGGCUGAUUGCUUCACCAAGGUGGCCCGACAGGAAGGUAUCAUGAGAUUCUACCGAGGAUUUGGAACGUACUACGUCCGCAUUGCCCCUCAUGCAAUGGUUACUCUCAUCGUUGCUGAUUAUCUGGGUUGGUUGACGAAAUAGAAGAAAAUGCUUUGAGAUUCGGGCUUUGACAUUGAUUGGCGUUGAUAUAGUGGUGGUUGUUUCCUGUCCUUUAAUGGGUUUGUGCUGCGUUGCGUUGCCUUGUUAGGUUGAUUGGGUGGCUAUGGAGUUUCCAAAGAAGUCACAGCGGGAUCCUGGGCUUAUUGGGAGCAGUUUUUGGACCAAAGAAUCGUAUUCGGAUUACCACUGACAUUUUAGACUUGAUGUUGCCAUAUAGCUUUUAUUGUGCAAGAUGAGAGAAAAAUGCAGUCCUUAAUAAUUAG